AUGUCGGACCAACACAGCAUUGGCGGAGAUGACGAAGCAGGGCCAGGAUGGCUCGGCGGGGGGACAAAGGCCUGCUGCCGAGAAGGCGCCGCGGGUCAGCGUCGGCCCUCAAAAGCCAUGUCCGCACGGGCAGGCCGCCUUUGCCGCGUCGAUCUCGCCAUCUAUCUUCACCUCUCUUCCUUCCCCCGCUCCAGUGCGACCGCGGAUGUAUCUGGCGCCAUCCAGAUUUGA